AGUCACGUGAGCGGGUCACAGCUUUCAGUCUUUCCUCCCUUUAAUAUCUUAUUUUAUCUACAGUUUUGAAAAUGGACGAGGACGGCCUGCCGAUCGUCGGUUCUGGAGUUGAUCUCACGAAGGUUCCUGCUAUACAACAAAGGAGAGUCGUCGCCCACCUAAAUCAGUUUGUUGUGCACACAGUUCGCUUCCUCAACCGAUUCUCUACUGUGUGUGAGGAGAAGCUUUCAAAUAUUUCCCUUCGAAUACAACAGAUUGAAACCACUUUGUGUAUUUUGGAGGCCAAAUUGUCAUCCAUUCCUGGACUGGAGGAAGUCACAGUGGAUGGACUCAACCAGCAGCAAAGUGUCCAGGCUAAUGGACCGGUUAGCGCCAGUCAGAACCAGUCAGAUGGUGUAAGGGCAGGAGGAGCUCCUCCCUCACAGCCCGGUCAGAGUAAACCAGAAUCUGCAGCUGCACCAGAAAAAGCAGAAGCGGUUCCAGAGAAUGUCAUGACUGUGGCUAAGGACCAACGUUAUGCACGUUACCUGAAAAUGGUUCAAGUGGGAGUACCGGCAAUGGCUAUUCGUAAUAAAAUGCUUAUGGAAGGUUUGGAUCCCAACCUGCUCGACACACCUGACGCGCCGGUGCCUGAUGGAGCAGCAAGUAGCACAGAGAAUGAGGAUAUUCCUGCCACCAGCUCUGACAGCGAAUCGUCGUUCAGUGACUGAUCUCUGCCUCUGCGCAGCUCCAAGUUUAAGGCAGUUCGUUGCAACGUGCGGAUCCUGCAGGCCGUUUGCUGCUGCAGAUUGUGGAAAAUGUUCACAUGAAGGAGCUUAAAUAAUUGUAAUUCUUCUGGAAAUGGUCAACAAUCCUUUUGCUGCUUGUCAGCAAGCUAACUUUAUAUUUGUUUUCCAGUUGUUUGGAAUUAUUUUGGAUUGAAUCUGUAAAAUUUAUAUCGUUCAAACAGUAACAUUUGUACGAUAUAGUAGUUGGAGUCCUACUUUCACAUAAAAACCUACUAUUUCUGUUCAAGUUAGUAUUAAGAACAAUGCAGUGGGAGAUGAACUUUGACCUUAGGAGCUAUUAAACAUUUAAUACAAAAUACAAAAUCCUCAUUAUUAAUAAUGCUGGUUUGAAUUGAGAUAUUUGCUGCAUCACAAAACCGAUUGUAAGAUUUACCAGCUAAAUUUUUCUCUCUCUGGUAUUUAGGACUAAUUUAGCUCAUAAAUCUUGCAAAAAAUUCAGUUACUUCCAUUUUUUAAUGAAGAAAUUAAAAAGAUUUAAAGCAUUUUCUUAAUUUCAUGACAUUAUGAAACUGGAGGUGUUUAUAUUGGGGGAAAAAAAAUCUUCGCUUGUUGCACAAACUUGACUGUAUGAUAUUAAGUACUUGGGUGAACGUAAAACCAAACAAUAAUUGGUAAAGUUUUAUGUUAUUUCAUAAUUAUAAUUUCUAUAUAAAUUAAAAAUAAAUUCUUCUUGA